CUCAGUUUAGCUACAACUCUGACUGCGAGCGUGCCGAUCGCUAGACGCCGUCUUACAGUAAAGUACAUUUCCUCAAGACAUUUUCUUUGUGGAACAACAGCCUGAAACUUGAAAACAAUUUGCAAAUGCCCGAAUAUUUUCUCUCUGGGAUUUGAGAAUUUCCAAAAUAGUUAUGAAUCUCCUACUAACAUUGACCACAGUCCUGCAACUGGUUGUGGUGGUAUUGGCACAGAUUCCGUCAUCAAUCGAUGGUGAACUUAUUUCUGAUGGCAUACGUCUGGUCAUGGAGAGGAGUUCCGGUGAUGUAGUACACUUUCGCCCGGCUCGUGGCGCUCUGGACGAUGAAACCGUCGCAGCCACAACAAAUAAGGAGGCUCACCGCCUAAGAAAGAAUCGGAAGCCUAACAAGUCGCAAGAGCAUUUUCAGCAGGUUGGGGGGCAUAAGUCUGGUUCGAGAAAACUAGUGGUUGCCGAAAAUGGCAGUGCAGCAUCAGAGGGAUCACAGCCGAAGCACAAGCAAGGCUACAAAAGCACUGAUAAGCAACAACGCCAAGGACCCAAGCAGCAGCAUGGACAUGGCCAACACCACGGAGGUAAGAGAACAGGAUCCACGGCAAGGACGUCAGAGAGCGGGUCGACUUGCCGUUACGCGAAGAGUGCUUGGUCAAAUUGUGAUGACAAAACAAACACGCGUUCCCGUGUUUUAUCUUUAAGAAAAGGAGAGCAAAACUGCUUGCCAACACGCACUAUACAGAAAAAGUGCAAGAAAGGCUGUCGUUAUGACAAGGGCACAUGGUCUCAAUGUAUCGCUGGACAAAUGACCAGAGAGGAUAAGUUAGAAGCCGAAGCAAUCGGCGGUAGUGACCAGAACUGCAAUCCUGUGCGUACCGUAAACAAAAAGUGCAAGGCGAAUGGUAAUGCUGCCGGAGGAAAGCAACACGGCCAGAAUCGUGGCACAAAAGAACGAAAACAAAAGGACAAGAGUGCCGGACGCAUUUCGCCUCACGACCAAUGAUUGUUUGAAAUUAAUAAUUUAAUGCAAAUACUGCAAGAAAUUUAUAGCAUUUUAUACCGAUUUUUUUAGAAUUAGAUCCUACCGUUUUGUAAAAACAUUCAAAAUAUGGGUUCCAUCCAAGCCGUUUGCUUA